GAGAGAGAGAGGGGGGGAGGGGCGGGGGAGUGAAGAGGGCUAUUCUUUUUCCUCGCUCGCUCGUUGUUGUUUCCUCCGCAGCCGAACUUGAAUUCCACGCUGUCGAACUCCACUUGCGUAUUUUUCUCGUUACUCUUCGUGCUUCCUCGUGUUCUGCUGCUCCUCUUCGAGACGCCGGUCACGGAUCACACGAGGACUCCGUAGUUCCCCGUAUCUCUCCCUUCCCCUUCCCCUUCCGCUUCCCUGCCAUCUCCUCCAUAAGGAGAGGAAAGCGGAAGAGGAAGAAGCGGAAGCAGCACCAGGGCACUCCUCCGCUCACCGGUGAGCAGCGUGUUGUCGCUCGCCUGCAUCGCGUCCGCCAUCGAAUUCAGUAUCUUUUAUAAAUUUAGGUUUUCAUGAAGGCCCACUUGUCCUUUUGAAGAAAGUAAUUAUGAACUUUCUGAGCAAUGUGGAGCAGCUUUGAAUUGCAAGAAUCAGUCCGUCUUUGUGAUCUGAAAACACAUGGCAAAACCUGGAAAUAUGGGGCACAGUGGAUUUCUUAGGUAUCCAAAUGACUGUAUGAGAAUUAUUAUAAACAUAUUUGUUGGAGUCGUUAUAGGCUUUUUUAUUGGAGUUUCCUUUCCAACAGCUAAUAUGCCAAAGCUCCACUUGGCUGGUAGCAUCACCACAUGCAUUGAGGACAAGAAUUCAGGCUUUGCAACCCAAGCAUUGCUGAAUCACACUUGGCCUUCUAUACAUAGUCACAACGGAAACAACUCAACAGUACAUUAUAAUGAUACCUCAAAGAUCUACGUUCCUAAAAAUCCCCGAGGUGCAGAAAGGCUCCCACCAAAUAUCAUCGUAUCCAAGUCAGAUCUUUAUCCACGAAGGUUGUGGGGGAAUCCAAGUGAGGAUUUUCAGAUACAGCAGAAGUACCUAGUAACUUUCACAGUUGGAUAUGACCAGAAAAACAACAUCGAUGCAGCAGUUAAAAAGUUCUCGGAAAAUUUUACAAUCAUGUUGUUCCAUUAUGAUGGACGGACAAGUGAGUGGGAUGAAUUUGAAUGGUCAAAGCGGGCUAUUCAUGUUAGUGCCAGAAAACAAACUAAAUGGUGGUUCGCAAAACGGUUUUUGCACCCCGACAUUGUGGAUUCAUAUGAGUUCAUAUUCAUUUGGGAUGAAGAUCUAGGAGUCGAGCAUUUUGAUGCUGAAGAAUACAUUAAGCUGGUAAAGAAACAUGGGCUGGAGAUUUCACAACCUGGCCUACAGCCUAGUAAAGACUUAACAUGGCUAAUGACAAUGCGGAGAGAGGGAAGCGAAGUCCAUAAAGAAACAAAGGAGAAACAUGGCCGGUGUUCCGACCCUCAUCUUCCACCCUGUGCUGCGUUCGUCGAGAUAAUGGCGACUGUGUUCUCCCGAGAUGCCUGGCGUUGUGCAUGGCAUAUGAUUCAGAACGACUUGGUUCACGGAUGGGGUCUUGAUUUUGCUCUUCGGAGAUGCGUGGAGGGGGCUCACGAGAGAAUUGGAGUCGUGGAUUCGCAAUGGAUCGUUCACCAAGGGAUUCCUACGCUUGGUAACCAGGGACAGAAACAGAAUGGAAAACAACCAUGGAAGGGGGUACAGGAUCGGUGUAGAAAAGAGUGGAAAAUGUUCCAAGAUCGGAUGGCCGACGCUGAGAAGGCAUACAUAUCGAAGAGAUGGUGAUGAAGCCACCAAUCUGUAGAACACGGUGACUCCGAACGUGAUCGAUUCGACAGGUAUCACCAAUCGAUAUAAAUUAUGUACUCUCGAUGGUAAGAGGAAAAGAACCUGCUUUGGAUUAUAAUCUUAAAAUGGAGAUACAACUCCUUUGUGGCCAUGUAAAUUUUGAUGCUGUUCUGGUAUCAGUCCAUCUGAUAACGAAGCCUCAAGAGACCUAGCUAGGGCUUGCCCAGAUCGGUAGCUCCAUUAGAGGCUCCGCCAAGCUCCCUUCUUUCUCCCUGCACAACGACUCCCACGUACGCGCGCGCCUUCGCUAGCUUUCCGAUGACCGCCUCUUGCGCUUCCACCUGCAACACGUAAACCCUGUUUUUGUUAAAGCCCUACCUAACCCUGGUUUCUUUCCACGUCGUCGACGACUGCCCGCUGGGUAUCCACCCCCGGCGGCGGCGGUGAUGAGGUGGAGCAGGUCGGGCGAGAGGCGGUCCCACUGCGCCAGCUCCCGCCGGUACCGAUCUCUCAGGUCGUGGAGGCAGCGCCUCAGUUCCGCCUCUGGGUCCGCUGGCUGCCGGCCGAUCCUGCUCCGCCUGCGGCGGCGCUUGUAGACGAAGCCCCCGUCUUUGCUUCUGUCCCAUCGUCUUCGUGUAGCUGUCUCAUUCAUCUUCUUCUCUUUUCUCGUUUCAUAUUUUGGCUCCUCUUCUCUUCUCUUCUCAUCUCUCCCCUUCAAUGCUUGGUCAUAAGAGGACGAAAACAGUGGGACCUAAGUGGCGAGGUAAAGGCGGCCACAUGAAAAUGACACGACAGGAACAUUUAGAGUCUGAAAAUUGAGAUUUUUAUUUUUGAGGAAAUCGCCCUACUUUUAAUCGAAUUAAAAUUUUUUUUUUUCAUAGGUCGAAUAGAGGUGAUGGAGAUGGAGAAUUAAUUGGUCGAAGAUAAGUUUACCUUCACAAUGAUUUGGGCUUUUCUUGUUGGUUAGUAUAGAUUGGGACAUGUCCCCAGACACAUGUCUCGCCGGACGCGGAACUUGCCGCGUCUGGGCCUGUCCACCUGUCCUCUUGCUGGUGCACCACCACUUCAUCUCCGCGGCACCGCCACCUGGCUUUCCUUGUCUGCUUUGAGCGAAGGAUUUCCCCCUCGUAGUCACUGCUCCUCCCCCGUUGACAGUGGGAGGAGAAGAGAUGCGUGCAUGUGUAAGCUUCCCACCAACUUCUUCCUCCAUAUCAGGUGGUGGUACCACGCGGAAUUCAUCCACCCCGCUAUAAUAAACACACGAUUGCCGAGGUUGCAUGUCAGCAGUGGGGUGAGGAGGAGGGAGAAGGUGGGAGAGAGAUGGGGUUACACAGCCUGCCGAGCGCCGCCGAGGCCUUCUUUCCCUUCGCGCUGCUGGCUUACGCUUUGCUCCCGGUGGCGCUGCUGGUGGACGGGGUCAGAUGGGCGGUGGUUCGAAUGAUCGGAUUAGGCGGUGGCGGUGAUGGGGAAGAGGAGCGCAUGCCAGACGUCGGAGCACGCGUCGUGGUGUGGAGGCACGAGGGUGGCGUCGACGACGGAGAGUGCUGCGUGUGCCUCCAUGGCUUCGAGGCGGCGGCGGAGGUGAGCCAGGUGGCGGCAUGCAGGCACUUCUUCCACAGAGAGUGCUUGGAGAGGUGGCUAUCUCACCUGUACGCCACCUGCCCCCUCUGCAGAUCCAUGGUGUAAGCUUCGUGUUGCUGCUGCGAUUACUUCCUCUUUUGGAUUUGGAUCAGCGGUUGUAUUGGAUUAUGUGAUUCGGAGAUGUCGCCAUGGAUGGAUACUGCAGAAUCCAUGCAACCAUGUUGCAGUGUGUUCAUGUAUCGAUUAGAAUCAUCAUAAACUAGUAUUAGUACGUAGUUUGUACAUGAGAACAGGGGAUUCUACUACUACUUGUCAUCAAUAUCUAAUUUUGAUUUCCUUGUUUUUACCGAA